ACACACACACGCACACUUGUAAUACUUAUCUCUACCACAAUGGCUUCCAUCACUCUUGAGGAGCUUCACACCUACCAUGCCAUCGAUAGAGAGAUUUUCAAUCGAUUGGUAAUAAACUUGUUGAGAGAUCCAGCUGAAUCUCUACUAGUCAUGGCCACAUGGCUUUGGCUAGAAGAGAAGGGUUAUCCCAACGUGGUUGUGAAGAUGGUGGAUUUAUCAGAUGCUUUGGUGAAUGCUGUAGCUGAUGAAGCUGUUUUAUGCCUGAAAUGUCUAGAAUCUAACUCCCUUCCUCUGUUGCUUAAUGGUGGAAUCCCUCUUACUGCUAGAAUUAUGGAAAAGAACAUCUCUUUGGAAAUGUUUCACCAUAACAAAUUCUCUGCAAUAAGUGGGAUAAAGAAUUUUCUCACCACUGUUUGUGCUCGUAUUUUUACGGAUAUCUUGCAGCGUGUUUUAGCAACGACAUCGUCAGCACAAUCAGUCCCUAAUCAGCCUCUCAUCAUUCCUGGUUUCCCUCAUCCAUUAUUUGGUGGUCUUGCUAUUGUGCCGAGGUCUAUGGAUUCUGAUUUUCUGAUAGGAGGGUUGUGGGGUUGGGGUCCUAACAACAAUGUUUCAGAGGAUGAGAGGACGAUGUUCCUUACUUUCUCGAGGGGUUUUCCAGUGACAAAAGACGAAGUUACGCAACUUUUUACAAGGUUGCAUGGUGAUUGUGUUGUUAGUGUUCAGAUGCAGGAGAAUGUAUCUUCCAAUGAGCAGCCUUUGUUUGCGAGAAUGGUCUUGGAUUCUAUUGCAGCUGUUGAUAGAAUCCUCAAUGGGAGACGCAUAGCCAAGUUUCGGAUCAAUGGUAAACACAUUUGGGCUCGCAAGUAUGAACGUAGAGAUUAG